CAUGUUUUUAUUUACUUUGAGCUGUAAAAAAUAAUUUAAGUUUAAAAAAUGUUUGAAAAUCACCCAAUUACAGACAAUACGAUGUCUAAAGAAGACUAUUUAUUAUUACGAGCUAAAGAAGCGAUGUCUACUGAUAUUUAUGCUGCUAAAUCGUGGUUAAUUACUGCGAAAUCGUUAUUUCCACACAGUGCUAAAGUUCAGUUUGAAGCCUAUCGUAUUGAAAAAUUGUCGAAAAAUGUCAAGGAAGCUGCCAAGUGUUUCAGUGAAAUAUUUCAGAAUUUUUCUGACAGUCGUGAAAUAUGGGAAGAAAUAGAAUCAAUAACCGCGUGUCUGAGGUCUGACAAACCAGAUGCUGAUUCUGAGCUAUUGUGCCAAAUGUUUCAACACAUUCCUCAAGAACUACAGCACAGGUUAUUGAUAAUGACAGCCGAUCACAGUGAAGAUACUAUGGAACAUUGUAAAUUAUUGUUAUUAUUGUUAAGAAGAUUUCCACAAACGAUUCCGACCCAUGGGCCUCGACUUGUAGAAACAUUACUGACAGCAGAGAAACACAGUCACCCAGGACAAGCAGUCAAUGGCUUCAGGCAUCUCUUAGCUUGUGACGCGCUUCCACUAUUAGGUGGAGCACCUGUUGAAUUAAACCCACGAUUGAGUUUGCGAUUGCUCUGCAAAGCGAUUGAAUUUUAUCUGGCUUACAUUCAACAGCCGCUGGAUUCACAGAUCCAGCAGCCCUGGGACAGAUUGUUCCAAGUGAUGGAUGUCAUGGGCACUAAACUCGGCUGGGAGCUGGGCAGUCUCUUCGCGACCUCUUGGAACCAGGAGGUCUACUGCGAGAGACUUCAGCAAUACAUAAAAACUCAUACAAAUACUUUGAAUGACGAGCCGACGAUCAAACAAUUGUCGAUUUGUACAGUCGUUGUGUUAAUUAGGAUUUUAAAUGGACAUUUUAGUAAAAUUAAAAAUGAUGACGUGCCUUAUUGUCUUGUUGAAGCCUUCACUGAGCCAUUCCCUUCUACCGAAACUAAAAUAAAAAAACGUAAAAGAGAAGAAAGCCCAGGGAUUGUUUUAACGAGCGAUGGAGAAUAUGACGGACAAGGAUUGACAUCAGCAGUAAUGCUCUGGGAUAUUUUACACAGUACUGAGUAUAUGCAGCGAGAAAUAGCUAAACUCAGUCAGCAAAUGCACCUCGAAACCUGGAUAAAUCCAUUUUUGACAGACGUAGCCAUGUACAAGGGCCUACAUCAUGAUUUACUCACGAGAUUUUCUCAAGAAAACACCGGAAGUCUGGCAAUGCACUUACGAUUAGCGAGUACUUACUACUGUAUCAAAGACUACGGGGCAAUGUUGGACUAUAUUGUACUGAUUGCAAGCUCACUGCCACAAAUACGCGGAAAAGUAUCUAACAAAUUGACGAUUUCGAGUUUAAGGCACUUGCAUUAUUUACCACUUGCUGAAUUACCGAUUCUUCAGUACUGCUGCAAAUUACUUUUAGCUGGUAUUAAGAGUAAACUAACGGUGGUAGGCGACACUGGAGACUGGGCUAUAGGGAACGCUCUGGUACUAAUGCAAAUAGACUGGCCCCAAGAAUCAAACCUUCUGAGCACCAUCACCGAGAGAAUACAAGCAAACAAAGCCUUCCAGUACCCGUUGUUCCUCGAAUAUAUAAUAAAUAUCGAUAUCCUAGAGGAGUUGACGUACUUGUGGACAGAACACGGUGGCGGAAUUUCACUGGACAUAGCGAUCGGAUCUGAAGUACUGCAAAAUCGCAGGAUAACUACUAGAGGUGCUGACAAGGGAGUCCGUGAAGAAGUAAAACAAGCGAUGAGACGUCAAGCUGCUCGAGACUCUGUAGAUUCAAUUACUGAUUUGAUACAAAGAUUUAUUGUUAAUGAAAAAGUUGCUCUGUUACACAGUUUAAUGAUGAAAUAAUAUUUAUAUUAUCUUUUAUUUAAUCA